CCUUCUAUUUCUCUAGUCUCCAAAAGCAGCCGUGGAACAAGCGCGCCACAGACUGAGCAGUUGGAUUGGAGCGAUGGCCAUGGCGAGCGUUGCCAGGAGAAAGUCUCAUCUCCUAUUCAGGAGUAUCUGUAACCCUUCUUCUGAUGUCCUGAGGUACUCUUUCUCACUAUCCUCUUUCUCUAGAAGCUUCACGUCUUCCGGAUCCGAAGAGAACGACGUCGUCGUCAUCGGCGGUGGCCCUGGUGGCUAUGUAGCCGCCAUUAAAGCCGCUCAGCUGGGUCUCAAGACUACUUGUAUUGAGAAGCGAGGUACUCUCGGUGGGACUUGUCUCAACGUUGGCUGCAUCCCUUCCAAGGCUCUUCUUCAUUCUUCCCACAUGUACCAUGAAGCCAAGCAUUCAUUUGCCAGCCAUGGAGUGAAGUUCCCUUCUGUUGAGGUUGAUCUGCCUGCCAUGAUGGCCCAGAAAGACAAAGCUGUUGCCAAUCUAACACGAGGUAUAGAAGGUCUCUUCAAGAAAAACAAGGUAAGCUAUGUUAAAGGCUAUGGCAAGCUCAUCUCUCCUUCCGAAGUCUCUGUCGACACCCUUGAAGGUGGGAGCACCAUUGUCAAAGGCAAGAAUAUCAUAAUAGCAACUGGAUCUGAUGUCAAGUCCCUCCCUGGCAUCACCAUUGAUGAGAAAAAGAUUGUAUCUUCAACUGGAGCUCUGUCCUUGUCAGAAAUCCCAAAGAAACUCAUUGUCAUUGGGGCAGGCUACAUUGGCCUAGAAAUGGGCUCUGUCUGGGGGAGGCUUGGUUCUGAAGUAACUGUUGUUGAGUUUGCACCAGAUAUUGUCCCAUCAAUGGAUGCCGAAGUUCGAAAACAAUUCCAACGUGCCCUUGAGAAGCAGAAGAUGAAAUUUAUGCUCAAGACUAAGGUGGUUGGUGUUGACACGUCUGGGGAGGGUGUGAAACUGACAGUUGAACCAUCAAGUGGUGGUGAGCAAAGCACUUUGGAAGCAGAUGUUGUGCUUGUUUCUGCAGGUAGAGUUCCAUUCACAGCUGGGCUUGGACUGGAAAAGAUUGGUGUGGAAACUGAUAAGGUAGGCCGAAUCACAGUUGAUAAGCGGUUCACAACAAGUGUGCCGGGUGUCUAUGCCAUUGGAGAUGUGAUUCCAGGGCCCAUGCUAGCCCACAAGGCAGAAGAAGACGGUGUAGCAUGUGUAGAGUUCAUAGCUGGCAAGGAAGGCCAUGUGGACUAUGAUCUGGUACCCGGUGUAGUGUAUACUCAUCCCGAAGUGGCAUCUGUUGGGAAGACCGAGGAGCAGGUGAAGGCACUUGGAGUUGAUUAUCGUGUGGGAAAGUUCCCUUUCCUGGCCAACAGCAGGGCCAAGGCAAUUGAUGAUGCUGAAGGGGUGGUGAAGAUAUUGGCAGAGAAGGAAACGGAUAAGAUACUGGGGGUACACAUCAUGGCACCCAAUGCUGGAGAAUUAAUUCAUGAAGCAGUGCUAGCCUUGCAGUACGGAGCAUCAAGUGAGGAUAUUGCACGAACAUGUCAUGCACAUCCAACAAUGAGCGAGGCCUUGAAGGAAGCUGCAAUGGCCACUUAUGACAAGCCUAUUCAUAUCUAGGAGAGGAGUGGGUAAAUGCAACUUUUUUUUUUUCUUGUUCUACUUUUUGUUUAGAUUUUUUUUUUUUUUUGAAUCCUUUGUUUCUUUUGAUGUCUCUUACUGGGACAAGACAAUUGUUUCGAUAGUCUACAAGUUUCCACCUCCACUUCUUUUUCUUCCACAAUUGGUAUAUCAUGUACUUAAUAAGAGGUGGGAAUAACUUCUGGGAAAUACUGCACAAGUUUUCUUUUUUACGCUCUUAAAAUUUAAUCCAAGAAACUCUCAUGGUAUUA